GGAGGAGUCUGACACACUGAGUUCAGUUUAGGACUUUACUGAAGGGCAAACAAGCAGGAAGGAGAAGAAAAUAUAACUACCGUGGAGGUUUUCUAGAAAAAUAAGAGGAUAUUAAAGCAUAUUGAGCACUGCCUGCCUGAAGAAAAAUGUCUGUGUCUCCAGCUGCCUUGGCUGCUCGACGGGUGAUUGCCGCUGCGUCACAUUCAAGCCAUGAGGGAGGAGCGAGAACCUGGAAGAUUCUGAGUUUUGUUUUGGCCUUACCGGGGGUCGCUGUCUGCAUUGCCAACGCCUACAUGAAGGCGCAGGCACACUCCCAUGAACCGCCAGAGUUUGUGCCAUAUCCUCAUCUGCGUAUCCGCACCAAGAAAUUCCCCUGGGGCGAUGGAAACCACUCUCUGUUCCACAACAGUCACGCCAAUCCUCUGCCUGAUGGCUACGAGGAAUCCCACCACUGAGAGGAAUCAGCCACAUUUCUCAGCUUUGUUUUGCUGCUUGUAUAAAACUGGUCUGCAGUGUACUUGGCUUAAUUAAACUGACCGAGGGGCCAAGCAGAACCGCCAUCAAGCGCUGCACCUAAACAGGAAUAAAACCACUUUGUGCUUCAUUACAA